CACUUUUUUCUUUUUCUUUUAAUCAUAAUUCCAUAAAUGAGAGAGAUGACUCUACUAAAACUUUUUCUCUAAUGUUCGUGUUCUUACUACAGCUACUACCGUUGUUGUUGCUGCCUGUACUUAGCACCGCCACCACUCCUUCUACUGCCGUCACACCACACUUCCGGUCCCUUUGCGUUGUUGUGCUUCGUCUCUGCCCCUGCGAACUAUUCAAAUUUCAUUUUAAUCAUAAUUUCAGAGAUAAAAGAGAUGUCUCUGCUAGGGCUUUUCCACUAAUGUUCAUAUUCUUGUCACAUCUCUGCAGCCUACACCAUCGCGCUGUUGCUGCCUGCACUCAGCACCGCCACUACUCCUUUUUCUGCCGCCAAACCACACUUCCCAGUCCCUCUGUAUUGUUGUGUACUUCGUCUCUGUCCCUGCGAACUACUCAGAAAAAAUGUGAUUGUAAGCAUCCCCUGGUGAUAAAAUAUACAGAAGUGGUACCCUGUCAAUGUUUGAGGUUGACGGGAAGAAGAACAAGGUUUAUGGCCAGAAUCUGUGUUAUUUGGCAAAGUUGUUUCUUGAUCAAAAGACCCUCUAUUAUGAUGUAGACCUAUUUCUGUUCUAUGUUUUGUGUGAAUGUGAUGAUCUAGGAUGCCACAUGGUUGGCUAUUUCUCUAAGGUAAAUAAUACUUGGCUCUAAUCAUAGGCCAUAAAUUUCUUACUCCUCAUUUUAUGUGAGAGUACCAUUAAUCCACUUAAAAAUAUUUACAAAUUAAACCCCGUUUUUUUAAAUUAAUAAUUAAAAUUUUGUCUCUCUGGUUUUGCUUUUUACACUUUUUCUUUUUUUUUUAAAUCAUAAUUCUAUAAAUGAGAGAGAUGACUCUGCUAGGAC